AUGUUGGGUAAUAUUCUAGAAGGAGUAUUGACCAAUAAUUCUGUCACCCUCCUUAUUACUGUGACAGUGGCAGCGAUUGCGCUAUAUUUCUCCCCCUCAAAGUCAAACCUCCCGCUGGUCAAUGAUAAAAAGCCAUGGGAAUUCCGAUUCACAAACGCCCGAAAACGCUUCCUCGCCGACGCGCAUACUCUCAUCAGAGCAGGGCUCGCAAAAGCACCAGCCUUCCGCAUUGUAACGGAGCUUGGGAAGAGGGUUGUUCUCGAUGCAAAAUAUGCCAACGAGCUCCGAAGUCACGAUUCAUUGAGCUUUGGCCUCCACACCGCGAAUGAUUUCCACGCCCAUAUAACCGGCUUUGAGCCCUUCAAACAGGGUUCUAACGACGAUGAGAUUGUUCAAAAUGCCGUGCGGAUGAAGCUGACGCAGAGCCUUGGGAGUCUUACCCAGCCUCUCGUUGAUGAAACAACAGUAGCACUUCAGACAUAUUGGACGGAUGACACUGCUUGGCACGCGUUCCCUCUUAAAUCCAAUGUUUUGAAACUCGUCGCCCAGAUGUCUUCAAGGAUCUUUUUGGGCGAUCAGAUAUGUCGCAACCGGGACUGGCUCCGUAUAACAGUGAACUAUACUAUCGACUCUUUCUUGGCAGCUGAGGAAUUACGCCUGUGGCCGAAGGCUUUCCGACGUAUCGUUGCCUGGUUCCUCCCAUCGUGUCGAAAGAUACGCGAUGAAUUGAAGGAAGCGCAAGACAUCAUCCGGCCAGUGUUGGACGCCAGACGAAGAGCUAAACAGGCUGCUAUCUCGGCUGGAAAGACACCGGAACGAUACAACGAUGCUAUGGAAUGGUUGGAAGAAUGCGCAAAGGGUCGCUCUUAUGAACCCGCUUUCGGACAGAUAAUAUUUUCUGUUGCUGCUAUUCACACUACCUCCGAUAUGUUGACUCAAGUGCUCUAUGACCUGUGCGGUCGCGAUGAGCUGAUCCGAGCUCUACGCGAAGAAGUAAUUACGGUAGUGCAGGAAGAAGGGUGGAAGAAGCCAACUUUAUAUAAGUUGAAACUUAUGGAUAGUGUGCUGAAAGAAAGUCAGCGUCUGAAGCCGAUCAGCAUCGUCUCUAUGCGACGGGUUGCCACGGCCGACCUCAAGUUGUCCGAUGGUACUUAUAUCCCUAAAGACACGUUCCUGUCCGUAUCCAGCGAGCGCAUGUGGGACUCCGAAAUAUACCCUAACCCCCUCGAAUUUGAUGGCUACCGGUUCCUCAAGCUGCGCGAAGUUCCUGGACAUGAGACCUCUGCGCAAGUUGUGUCUCCGUCACCGGAGCACAUGGGCUUCGGGUUCGGGCGACAUGCUUGUCCGGGUCGGUUUUUUGCCAUCAACGAGGUCAAAAUUGCGUUGUGCCAUAUCUUGUUGAAGUAUGAAUUCAAGUUGGCUGAUGGGUCUGUGCCCCGGGCAAGGAAAAAUGGUCUCUCAUUAAACUCGGAUCCGACGAUGAAACUCAUGAUUAGACGGCGACAGGAGGAAAUUGUUCUCUGAUUAUGAGGCUUCUUUAAGACGAAGACGUUCUAUCUAAUUGGCAUCACAAGCGUGCGG